GUUCCCACCCAGAAGGAGAAACCAGUAAAAGUUGUGAAUGACACAUACUGGUCUGACUCAUCUUGUAUACCCUCAAAAUGGACGACCAGUAGGACCAGUACGCUUACUUCCACCUGUGUUGUUUUUACUGGUUUUUCCCACUGGGCAGGUUUUUGCAGCCCACACAAUUUUUUUAAAAAAAUCUUAAUUUUGUUCACUGUUGUUUCUUUUUAUCACUGAUGUUGUUGCAUUUUCAUCAUUAUUAAUUUAAUAAUUGUUAAUCAUUUGAAGAUAAUGUUAAUUUAUUAAUCACUCCACAGCAGAACUGAACACAGAGAGAUGGGACUUCUACUAGAAGAACAAACUGGAGAAGUGAAAGGGGCCUAGGGAGGCCAGCAGUCACAGUGAAUGUUGCAAACUUGCCCAGUCUUUCAAAAAACUGUGCUCAGCAGUACCUGGAAAUUAAUACAUUGGUUGUACUGCAGCAGACCAGUAUACAUCCUUCACAAGUUUUACUGGUUUUCCCGCCUGGAUGGGCACUUUCCCUUCAUUAUGUGGAAGUGCUGCAUGUAAGAACCUGCCCUGGUGCGGUGUUUGAAAAUGGCAUUCACAAAUCAAUAGCAGCAUUAAGCUCUAUGGUCAGAUACAAUGGCGGCAGUCGCAAAAUUUGCAUUUGUCAGAUUCCUUGAUGACAAUGGGGUAUCUAGGAUUGUGUCCAUUCAGGAGGACAUCCAAAAGUUUAAGCUCCUGACCCACAAUCCCAGCAGGGUAUAUAUGGUUCGAUGGAUCCAGGCGAGCAUUGGCAAGUCAGAAGACUAUAACUCUGGUGAAUAUACGCGGAGCUCCAAUGAUCCAUAUUAUAAAGCACAGAUCAUGCUUCUGGCAGAGUCCCCUGAAGAGAUCAGAGCAGAAAGAGCUAAACAUAGACUGCUGAAGUAUCCUACCUGGGAUAGCAAUGUGGAAUCAGACAGUGCCAGUGAUGGGCCUGGCCCAAGCAGAAACAUACAGGGGAAGAGAGCAUUGGAGGUCACCGGUGUGACAAGGGAUAAGAGAGCUCGGACAGAAAGUGCAUGGAGAAAACAUCUGCAGAGGCUAAUAGAUGGUUUUAAGACCGAGAUGCCCGACUGUGCUCGGGGGAAUAUGACAGAUGCCCUCUCUGUAUCAGGAGGGUUUGUGAAUGAGAUGACCAUUCCACCAAGGAUGGUUGGACAUGACUGGCAGGAAAGGAAACCAGGGCUCAUGCAGGUGGAAGCUGAGAACAAAGUCCUCAGGCAGAAGGUGGAGUCCCUAAACAGUGACCUGCAGGAGGCUACAAGAAUCAUCCGUCGCCUGCAGGAGAGAAUGGACCAGCUGCAGGACCUCAACUGUCGACUCCAAGAGCAACUCCUAAACCGCGCGCAGUCACGCCAACCUGCACUGUCCAGACGGGCCGUGAAUCUGACGAGACCAGCACUGCCCAGAUCAGUGCAGAUGAAUACGGAGCCUUCACCCACAUUCACUGGCACGGACGGAGAGACCAGCGCCUGUGCAGACAAUCUCUAUAUUCCUAUCGAUGGAAUGGUUCAACUUCAGGGUGGUCUGGAGAUUACAGAGCGCCAAUGGGAAAAUGUUCUGCGAUCGAAGACAAACUCGAUGUUUGUCAAGACCCUGGCUGCCGCUGUAUGGGGCUCGGACGUGCUCCGUAAUAGGUCGAUUCAUGGUAGAGUGUGUGCCCGCUUCAUCAACGCGGACACACCUCCGGUACCGAAACCUGCACUUUCUCCUGUUAAACUGAGUGCUGUUAAAGCUUGCUACGGCCACUACCUCAGAUCUAAGGGGAUGAGUACUGAAGGGGUCUGUAAGGAGCAAGCCCGGGUCCAUGGUUAUAUAUCAGAGAAGAUCAUGGACCUAAACAGAACGAGAAAAAGCAGCCUAGCACAAGAGUCGGUGUCACAGUGAAGAGGAGGGAGGGACUCUGCAUUUUUAUUAAUGUCUUUUUUUUUAAGUGUUGCCAUUUUCAUAGAGUGGUGUACGCUGUUAUGAUUUAGAUUUCCAAUAAAAUAGGUUUCAGAAUCUUCAA